GGCCGCGGCUGGGCGGGCUGCUGCUGGGGGCUGCUGGUGGACUGCGGCGGAGGCGCCGAGGAUGAAGAUCCAGUUUUGGGCUGAAGAUUCAUUUGGUGAUCAUUUCAUUGAGAUUAACUUGAAUAACCAAGUGUAAAGUGCAAGAAGAAUAUACUAUGGCUGAGGGAACUCAAAUUUUUUUAUUGCCGAGCUCUGCUUCUUUGAAUUCUACAAAAGAAACUAUGUCUCCAGCAGCCCCAAAAGCCCAGGAAUCCAGUCAGCUAUCCAGCAGACUCAUGGCUGAAAAGAAGCAGGAGGAAGCAGAAUGGGAAAGCAUAAAUGCGCUGUUGAUGACACACGGCUUAAAACCUCUGUGCCUAAUCAAAAGAUCAGAUCUUAAAGAUCUCAUCGUUUUUGACAAACAGUCAUCACAAAGAAUGAGGCAGAAUUUGAAAGUGCUGAUGGAAGAAACAGCCCGUCAACAGAGCAUGAUACAGGAGCUAAUCGAAACGAAUCAGCAGCUAAAGAAUGACCUUCAAGUAGAACAAAGCCGAGCAGCCCACCAGGAACAACGAGCUAAUGACUUGGAACAAAUUAUGGAGAGUGUGAGAUCCAAAAUUGGUGAAUUAGAAGAUGAAUCCCUAAGCAGAGUUUGCCAGCAGCAGAGAGAAAUUAAAGAUCUUCAGAAGGAGCACCAGGCGUUACAGUCAAAAUGCCAGCAUUACAAGAAAAAACGAAUAGAGCUAGAAGAGACUAUUGCUUCUUUGCAAAAGGAUAUCUACAGAUUAACAAAGGAGGAAGAAGAGCGCAUUGUCACUCAAAACAGGGUGUUUGCCCAUCUCUGCAGACGAGUUCCUCAUACAGUCUUGGAUAAACAAUUGCUUUGCCUAAUUGAUUACUAUGAAUCUAAAAUUAGAAAAAUUCGUACGCAAAGGCAGUAUGAAGAAGAAGAUGAAAGUCCAUCAGAAGAUGAAAAAGACUACAGAAAUGUGAAAACCCUACCAAGUUAUAAAGGCCUUCUGAUGUCAUUACAGAAUCAGCUCAAGGAAUCAAGAUCCAAGAUGGAUACACUUUUAAGUGAAAAGCUGAACCUCCAAAAAGAUUUGGAAAGCAGGCCCACAGAGCAUGAAUUAAGGCUUUAUAAACAACAGGUGAAGAAACUGGAAAGAGCACUUAAGAAAAGCAUCAAAUUACAAGAGCUUAUUGGUCAAAAAAAGACUGAGGACAUGGAGAAAAACGAUGAACCCAGCAAAGAAAGCCAUCAGCAGGCCCUAAUUGACCAGAGAUACUUUCAGGUGUUAUGUAGCAUCAACUCCAUUAUUCAUAAUCCAAGAGCUCCAGUUAUAAUUUAUAAACAAAGCAAAGGCGGAGCCCAAAACUACAAUAAAGAUAUUGUUCAAGACUGUGGAUUUGAACAUCUUGUUCCUAUAAUAGAAAGGUGGGCAGAUGAGCUAACAUCCCUAAAGGAUUUAUACAAGUCCUUGAAGACACUGUCUGCAGAACUGGUACCUUGGCAUAACUUGAAGAAACAGGAUGACAACGAAGGCAUCAAAGUUGAAGAUCUGUUAUUUAUGGUAGAUAUCAUGUUGGAAGAAGUUGAAAAUAAGGAAAAGGACAAGAACAUGCCAAACUUUCAAGCUUUGCAAGCUAUUGUUUCUCACUUUCAAAAACUAUUUGAUGUACCAUCUUUAAAUGGAGUCUACCCCCGGAUGAAUGAAGUGUACACGAGGCUUGGAGAAAUGAACAAUGCUGUGAGAAACCUCCAAGAACUCUUAGAAUUAGAUAGUUCAUCCUCAUUGUGUGUGGUGGUAAGCACAGUUGGAAAACUGUGUAAGCUGAUUAAUGAGGGUGUGAAUCAGCAGGUUAAGCAAGUAUUAGGACCUGAAGACCUCCAAAGCAUUAUCAACAAAUUGGAAGAACAUGAGGAAUUUUUUCCAGCAUUUCAGGCUUUUGCUAAUGAUCUACUUGAAAUCUUAGAAGUUGAUGACUUGGAUGCCAUUGUACCUGCAGUAAAGAAAUUAAAAAUACUUUCAUACUGAAAACAAAUCAUUUUUACUGUGUAAAUUGCAUUAACAUUUAAGUAUUUUAUAGGAUUGACCUUAUUUUAAGAUAAGAGUUCUAAUGUGUUAGUGCUCAGAGUUCAUCCUCUUCUUAGCCCUGGGUCACUAUCCAAUUAACUUUUUGAUUCUUUUAUUGAAAAUACCUAGGUUAUUAAAGUAAUAAAUUAAGUUUAGGUCCCUUAAUAACUUCUUGAAUAGUUCUUGAGUGCUUUAAAAUUUGUUUAAGGUAGGAUUUAUGAGUCAGAAAGAGAACAAGGGGGGAAAGAUUGCAAAUAAUAGAAAAGUUACAUUUAAGAAGGUUUAGAGAUCUUUUUGUCAGGGCAAAAAGGAAUGCCAGUUACUUUUCAAGUCCAGCCAGUAAGAAGCUACUGCUUUCCUAACAAGGAUUAAUUGGCACUUUCUAUUGAGACAUCCCUUGUGGCUGUUAUCCUUUCAAAGCAGGACCAAGAAAAGAAUAUUUUGUGUUAGCAUAGGAAAUGAAUCAUGAAGUAAAAUAGAUGAAUAGGUAGAAAUCUCUGAGAAAAUGUGUCUUUUGCAAUAUUGAUGUGAUGUAUCUUUUUUUAAAUAAGGACAUGAGAGCUUAAAUAAAAUUUCUGUAAAGAAUUUCCAAA